ACGACCCGGGGAGACUAUAAAAGUAGUUUCAUGCCCGCUGCAGUGAAGGCUCGGCUCGGCUCGAUAUGCGCAGACACACGGAGGUAGGCAGAGCAGAUAGACAGCAACACACACACGUAACACCCACACACACAGUAUUUAAGGUUUAUUUUCACAUGUGGCUCACUGUCAAAGGUAGUGCCUAAAGAGAAGCGUGAAUUUAUGGGGCAGUAAUUUUCUUUCUUAUGGUUUUUUGCAGCGAAACCAGAGUCAGGCAGUGUUUUAGUAAACUGCAUUUUUUCCACUUUAGUGAAUAGGAUGCUCGUCUUCUCCAGCCAACCCGGGGCUGUUUGACACAUUUCCGCCACCGAGCUGGAUCCACUAACCGGUGUGUUUUCUUACCGGGGGAAGCUGGGCUCAUUUCAACUUUUCUGGCUGUACCUUUGAUGCCACGGAAAUGGAGAGCGUGUCCGCGCUUUGUAGUAAAAGUUUGCUCUGGACGCUGCUGGUCCUCGCGCUGAGCUCUGUGUCUGUGCACGCGACCUGGAAGACCGGGCUGUACAAAACCUACUCAGCCUCCUCAGUGUACCAGAAAAGGAACUGGUGUCCUCACACGGUCACUAAGACAGUGACCUGCCAGGUGCAGAAUGGGACCGUGCUGCAGCGGGUGUACCAGACGUGCCGCUGGCCGCAGGGAUGUACAGGAGGAAGCUACAGGACCGUGGUCAGACCUUCCUAUAAAGUGGUGUAUCGCACUGUGACCUCUCUGGAGUGGAAAUGCUGUCCAGGAUUCAGCGGCGCCGCCUGUGUAGAAGAUGCAGGGAGCCAGCUUGUAGCACAAGAGGCGGUGAGGAAACCUUCAACGCUCCGCCGCCCGCCUGCACGCACAGGAGAGCCCAUCUCUAGUUGCCUGAACUGCAGCCGAAUCACAGCUCUGACUGACCGGCUGAGCUCUCUGGAGGCCAAGGUCCAAUUACUCAAUGUCCCGGCCUCCGUAUCACAGCGCCCCCCUCAGGUUAAAGGAGGAACUGCACCAGAGGCCUCAUUACUGAUUGGUGCUGUGCAGGCUCAGGGAGCUCCUGGUGAGCAGGGACCUGCAGGUCCUCAGGGUGAAAAGGGGAGAGAUGGGCUUUCUGGCAGAGAAGGGAAGCCAGGGUCUCGAGGGCUGCCAGGUCCCAGUGGGCCUCGGGGGGAGGCCGGAACGAGGGGCCCGUCUGGAGCCCCUGGAUUCAAGGGAUCCUCGGGACCUGCAGGGCCCCGUGGACCAUCAGGACCCUCAGGAGAGAGGGGUCUAUCCGGCCCACCAGGCCCUCCUGGGCCUCCAGCUCCGGCCAGUGCCCACAUCCCAGAACCAGACCAGAGUCGUAGGAAAGACCCUUUCUACAGCAACACUUUCCAUGACUCACGAGGGUUGCCAGUCCCAGGUCCUCAGGGCCCCCCCGGGCCUGUCGGUCCACCCGGUCCUAGAGGCCCAGUAGGACCUCCCGGCCCAUCAGGACAGAAUGGUAAAAAUGGAGCCUCUGGAGCGCUGGGCCCUGUGGGGCCAAAGGGCGAGCGAGGGGAGAGAGGUCCUUUAGGUUACCAAGGCGAGAGGGGCUUCAGAGGCGAGUCGGGAACACCGGGUUCAAAGGGAGAGCCAGGAGUGAAGGGCUUGCCGGACAUUAGCUUGCAGAUGUUCCAUGACUUGCAGGCAGACCUUGAGCUUCUGGCUCGCAGGGUGACGCUGCUGGAGGCGAUCAUCUGGCCAGAGCCUGAUCUAGGGUCUGGGGACGGACCGUUUGACACAGCCUCCCCUAGUUUCUACAGAGAUAAGCGAGCAGGUGCGCUUCCAUAUCGACUUGCUUCUCCUCUGUCCUCCAACACCAAGGUUCGAGGGAAGUAGCCCCCCCCCCUCCCCCUGAGGAUCAAAGGCUGGGUUGACUCCCCCUCCUCUAGGUCUCAUCGGCAAUCAACAGAUGUAGACCUUAUCUGAUACCCUCUCUGGGCUUUGCUAUCAGAUUAAGGAUGGGGGACACCUCAGGGAAACUCCACUGAUAUCCCACAAUGCCCUCCUCCAUCGGGAACCUGAGAACUAGUUUGACCCGUCCGCAUCGCCAUAACCAAACAUUUAUCUUCACGUAACACACCCAGCAGCUCCUUCUGUGUCUCAUCUUGAAAUAACGUUUUUAAUGGUUAUAAAAAGGAAAAUCACAAUCUUCUGGACAAUAAGGGUCAUUUAGUUAUCAAUGAAAGGAGGAAUCAGAUGUGAGAAACUGGAUUUGCGUAUUUUUUUUGCUUCACAAUGUAACUGCAAUCUGAAGAGAUUCCACUAUUUAAGUAUAUUGAGCAUGUACAGUUUGCAGGACACAAGUACACAAACAAACCUCUUCUUAUAGUAUUCAUUUUGUUAUACUUCUCAUAUUGUUAUGUAGUGCACUAAAACGAUGAAGUCAUCUCUACUCUAAGAUAUGUGUUGCCAACAGUGAUUUGUAGCUUUCUGGUGUGAGUGUUCCCCCCCCCCCCUCCCCUCCUUCAAGUACACACGGCUAAAACGAUUAAAUAAACAAUAGUUUAUUAACAUCCUUCAAGGCUAAAAAGCAACACAAUUUGGUUUUGGUGGCAUAUCAACAGAGACAUUAUUAUUUUUUCUGGAACAUGUUGAUAUAAAAAUAACUAUAAAAAGACUUGCUCUCCAUUUCCAGAUACUUUACACACACACAGGAAAUAACAAAACUGUUAAUGGAACUUGAACAUAUUUUGUACCACUGUUGACAGCUUAAACUGUCCUGAUGAAAAACUUGAUAAUUGUUUUUUCAUCUUAUAUCAAACUUAUUGUGAAACUAUUUAAAAUGAUCAAUUAUUUUGUAUGCUGUUGUGUAACCAUUUCAUAUUUCACUCUACAUUUAUUUUCUUGAAAAUGUGUUACUGUGUUAAGAUAAUCCUGUCUAAGUGAUUGAUGUAAUAAAAUAAUGUUAAUUUUUUUGUA